UUUCCUUCUUCCUUGAACAGGUUUUGAAGAACAAAUAUUAAACCCAAAAAUGAUGCUCCAAGAAUCCUUCUACAAGACAAAAAACUUCGUUCAUAGAACUUUCCGAAACCUUAAAUCAUCACUCUCAGGAGAUUACCAAAAGCUACCUAAAACCCCUCGUGUCAAUCCUCUCUUCAAUCCCAAAAUGCAGGAAUUGGAUAAUUUCUACAGAGACUUCUCCAAACACUGGGAUUCUGGAUGUAACAAGGUGCUGAAGAAAAAGAAAAAGGGAUUUUCAGCAAAAGAAAAAAGAAAGGGAGAUGAAAAAUCAUCAUGCAACGGAAGCUACAAGAAUGAUGAUAGAAAAGAAGAGAAAAAGACAGAUGAAUCGAGUACUGUGUGCCAGACUUGCAUGGAAGGGAAACGAGUGGAGCCCAGUUCUCAGAUUGUGAAUGAUUUAGCACAGAAGAUGAAAGAGAUGGAAUUGCUUGAUAUGAAUGAUUUGGAUCAUGUGAUGGAUAUGGAAGAAGUGAUGCAUUACUACUCCAGGCUUACCUGCCCACUUUACCUUGACAUUGUUGACAAAUUUUUCAUGGACGUUUAUAGGGAGUUGUAUCCUUCUUAA